CCUUUGUUAAAACUUGUGCUGAAAAAGUAUGUAGGUUAUAGUUGUAUGCUACAUGUUGUAUCUUGUAGCUCUGGAGAUUCAAUUGCAAAGAUUUAAUGGCAAUGGGUUAGGAACAAAAAUGUAUUGUCCUGCUGGACUGAAUCUUUAGACUUCCACAAUUCAUUUAGCACCUGUCAAGAAUAUUUCUAUAGAUCAAGUGUUGCAAAAUGGAUAGGAACGACCAGGUUAGGAGUACUUCUUGUUCAACAUUCCAUCUGUGAUUUGGCGGCAACCAUGACGUUCUAAAUGACUUAAAAGGGUAAUAUGGGCUACAACUGUGUUGGGACUUGUUUUGUUCUCUAUGGCAGGAUUGUCGUUAAAUGUAAUUGAUUUGUGGCUAAACGGAGCUACAACCUUGGCACCACGCUGAGGCUAGGUAUGCAGGGGAUCUGUGAUUAUUUGCCACAGCUCACACAUCAUGUGCCUUCCUAAAGUGGAUCUCAUGGUGCUCUAGGUGGAGCUUGAAUUGCCCUUUCCUGACACCUUACUCCCUGCUUCUGCUUGAACAUUUUGAUGAGGAGUAGAUAAAAAAGAAGGAUACGCUGUUUCCAAUGCGAUAUAAUCUUCUGGAUACACUGAUGCUAUUUCUUGCAAGAAUUUGUUGACACCAAAUCUUCAGGUGCACAUCAGGAACAGGAAGUGGGCUAAGGGCUUUCUUGCAGCUACCAACGACAGCGGCACUAACACCAGGCGGCAUUCGUCGACACACUGCAUUUCCAUUUCACCCUGUAUUUGUUCCAUUCAGUUCCCUAUUAUUUGUUCCAUUCAGUUCCCUAUUGAUUUUGUGGCCAAGAUCAUCGUCGUAGGUUGUGAUUUGUGAAUAUCAUUGUUCUCACGCAAUUUCUGUCUUGUUUGUUCUGAUUUGGCGUCCAAGAUGGAUGAAUUCGGACCAUCAGUUUUACUCUCGUUAACAAAAGAGGCCCACCAAAGAAUUCAGCCCACCUUCGGCCAUGGAGUACUUCGGCCCGGAUUUGAAUUCGGCCAGUUAAUUCCUCUCAACGAGUUUGGCCCACCAACAAAUUUGUUAAUGGGCUUAAAUCUGGUCAUUGACGAUGCUUAAUUGGCCCAAUCAUAAUGUCCACUGGGCCCAUCACUCCAACUCCAAAUGGGCCCAAUAUUAGAGGAGUUUCUUUCCGCCGGCUUCGAUCUGAGCAAGAGUAGGCGUAGCCCUGCGAUUUCACGCCGCCGCCGGCACCUGGCAAUCCUUGCGCCGCCGUCGCCGCCAUGAUUCAAUUCCGGCGGCGCAUCCUCACUCUGCUCCUCCAGCCAGCAUCCCCUCGCCCCAUCGCCGGCAUUUUUCUGCCUCCUUGCUCCCUCCGCCGGCUCCUCUCCACCACCGCGCCCGUCUCCCCCAAACCCUUCGCCGUCGAGGACUACCUCGUCGCCGGCUGCGGCCUCACCCGAGCCGAAGCAGCCAAGGCUUCGGCGAAGAUCUCCCACCUCAGCUCCCCCUCCAAUCCCGACGCCGUCAUCGCCUUCCUCUCCGACCUCGGCCUCCCCCGCCCCCAAAUCGCCGCCGCCAUCGCCGCCGACCCGAGGUUGCUGUGCGCGGACGUGGAGAAAAAUCUCGCCAAACGCGUCGGCGAGCUCGGCGACCUGGGCUUCUCCCGCUCCCAGAUCGCGCGCCUCCUCCCGCUCGCCGGCUGGUGCUUCCGCAGCAGCUCCCUCGCCACCAACCUCGCCUUCUGGCUCCCGGUCUUCGGCUCGUUCGAUAAGAUCCUCAAGGCUCUCAGGAUGAACAAAAACCUCCUCAGCCCCGGCGUCCAGAAGUCGGCGAAGCCGAUCCUGGCCUUCCUCGAGCAAUGCGGGAUCAAUGCCUCUGAUGUUGCCCGUAGUUCAACCAUGUACUCCAGCCGGCUGCUCACCGCGAAUCCCGAGUACCUCCGAGACGCCGUGGCACGGGUGGAGGAGUUGGGCCUGGACCGCAGUUCGAGGAGGUUCCACCGUGGGCUCGUUGCGGUGGCUUUGGUAAGCAAGGAGACUGCUGCGAGGAAGAUACGAUUGAUGGAGGAGCUUGGGUUUUCGCAGGAUGAUCUGUUGGUGAUCAUGAGGAAGUUGCCAAACUUUUUGGCUUUAUCCGAGAAAAAGAUACGGCGAGCUGUGGAGUUCUUGAAGAGGGAUGUUGGUUUGGAGGGACGGUACAUUGUGCAAAGGCCAGUGUUGUUGUCGUAUAGCCUUGAACGGCGGCUGUUGCCUCGGCAUUGCUUGCUCAAGGUCCUCAGGACAAAGGGAUUGCUGAAUAGUGAGUUGGAUUACUACUCCACAGCUGCAUUGAGCGAGAAGAAGUUUGUCAACAAGUUUGUGCAUCCUUAUGAGGACCACAUUGCAGGCCUUGCUGAUGCUUAUGCCUCCGGUUGUUCUGAGGAAGGAAAUGGAGUUGCUUCAUUGCUUAGCCUGCAGACUGAAAUGGAUGGUGUUCAAGUUUAUGCUGGGAAAUCUGGCUAGAUUGUUGCACUGGUAUGCAAAAUAUUAAGGUUUGCUACCGUUAGUUUGUCUCGUACUAUCUAUGUUGAAGCUUGUGCUGAAAAAGUCUGUAGGUUGUUUGUUACUUGUUGUUUCUUGCAGCUUGGGAGAUUGAGAAUGGCGAAGAUUUUCUUGUUAGGAAAAAAGAAGGCAUUGUGGUAUUGGGCUGAAAUCUUCAGAUCAGGAAAUUUCCUUGGAAAAAAAUGAAUAGCUCACAUACCAUUUGACUGAAAAUAUAGAACACAGAUGUGGAAUUUAGCACAUGACUAGAAUAUUUCUAUAGAUCAAGUGUUUCAAAAUGGAUAGGAAAUGGGCAGGUUAGGAGUACCUAUCAACAAUCCACCUGAGAUUUGGUUGCAACUAUGACAGGAACGUGCUCAGAAUAUAAUCUUGUUGGGGGAUAUAAUCCAAACAUUGCAAAUAAUUUGGAAAGGUAAUAUGAGCUACAGCUGUGUUGGGGCGCUUUUUUUC